UGCAACGGGGUAAAGGUGGACUGCUUUGUGCUGCACUGACUGUAAUUGGACUGCAGCCACAAAGUCACUCGACUCUGUUCUGUCUGUGAGUGCUCCUGGAAACUUUUAUAUUUUUGCGUGUAAUAUGUCUAUCAGUCGGAAGAACUGGUCGGCUUUGUCCAGCCUUGCACGCCAGUGGACAAUGGAGGAUGAGGAGGAGGUGGAAAGAGAGAAGAGGAGGAGGGUGAAGAGCUCCGGCAGCAUCGCCGAACCCGAUGCUGACUGCAACCAAACGACCGGAGACACGCCAACCAGCGACACGCCAACCAGCGACAGCCCCUUUGGGACAGACUCCACCAGUGGGAUGUCCCAGGGCCCCAUCAGUGUGGAGCAGAUACAGCUGGACUUUGUGGAGAUGCUGCGUGCCCGAGAUGAAAAGCGCAGGAUGAGGCACGUGGAGACGCUGAGACGACAGAAGGAAGAAGAGGAGGAUGAAGAGGAGGCCUGCACAGGAGGAGCCAGGGUAGAGCUACUUGGGGACAUGGAUGAGGGCAGUGUGUUGCCCUCUGUGAAAGCCAUAUCCAGACCACAACCACCCCUCAGAACAGCCUCCUGCAGCCCCACCAACAGCAGUGGCAGCAAUACCAGCACUUACAUCACAAGCAGACAACACGAAAAUGGAGAGUCGACGAGCAAAGAGCCGGAUCCCAAGCCAUCGUCCAACACAGCUCGCAAGUUUGUCAGUUCUGUCUCCAUCUCAUUCGACAAAAGCCCUUCCGCCAGCGGGUGUACAAGUCCCAUGAGCCCUCGCUCCCCCACGGCCGCCUCCUCACCUCGAGAACACUGUCCGUCGCCGUGCCAGACCCUUCCUCCCCGUGGGCCUCAAAGCCCUGUUCAGAAUGGACCCAACCAGGAGACCAGGAUGAAUGGCUCUUCCUCCAACGGCGACUUUGAACAGACGGCCAAACCGGCGUUUGUCAGACAGAGCUCCAGGACUAUAUCUUUCAGGAUGAUGAGGAAGAAAGAAGAGGAGAGCGCACCACUGCAGAGGAGUGCGAGUGUGAGGAUGGCCUCCAAGAAGUUUGAAUCUAACACCGACCAAGAUGAAGACAAAGCAUCAUCUUUCCAGAGAAACUCUAGGCAGAGGAUUUCAUCCAGGUCCAUCCAGGAGAAGAUGGAGAGACUGGCUCAGGCUGCACAGAAGUCAGAAAUAAUGCGUUCUCCAGACGUGACCCAAAGGACUCUGUUCCUGCUGGACGAGGUGUCUAGGAAGAGAGGCCUCUUUGAGAAGGAGCAGCAGGCAGCGAGCCCCACCAGCCCGGGAGUUUCCAGAAACGAAUUUAGGAGCUUCACAUCAGGAGUGUCAGACCGGAUCAACCGCUGGAUCAACAAGCCCAACCACCCUGGGUCUGCACACAAUCCAACUGACUUGAGACAUGUGGACAUCACCGGUAAGAGGAGCCUGUUUGAGAGCCCAGAGGAGGGCAGUGCCCCAAACAACAGCCCUGGAAAAAUCUACAAGUGAAAGAUGUGCAUUUAUAAUACUCAACAGGAUUUAGUUGACGGUGAGAGGACACAAAGAGAACUGGAAGAUUAAUGGAUGCAAUGACUGACUGAUUGUUUUUUUAUGCUUUUUUUGUUUUUUCAUGCUUUUUUUCAUCCUUCACUGCCAAAUCACACUGGCGCACACACUGAUACGCCAAUAGAAAAAAAAGUGAGUUUUGAAUGGACUGAAAUGGAGAUUUCUGCUUUUAAAGUUAGGAUGCUUCAAUCAUACACUACUGCAUAGCUUCUUAAAGUACAAAUAUGUCUUAUUUAAAACAUCAAAACGAUUUAAUGUGUUUAAUGUGAAAAGUAGACAUGAAAGAAGAAGGACGUUGAUAUAUUUGUUUUAAAGCUCUUUUUCUAUUUGCUUUAACGUUGUGUAAUUUUUAAGCACUUUAAGCAGGUGAAGGUCUUGAGGCUAUUUUUAGUAGGAAGAAUUCUGGAGUUGUAAUUUUAUGUUUUUGUUUAAUCUGACAAAAUAUUGUUUUUGUUUGGUGUCAUUGUGGUCUGCAUGUCUAAGAAAUAAAAGGUUUUAUUACCAC